UGAUAUCUUUGCUGCUAGACUGCAGAGUAUGCAGUGUACUAUCAAAUUAGUGGUGGUGGUGUGUGAGCCAAAAAGGGCGUUGAUUUCGUCUUUUUUACCGCUUCUUCAAGGAAAAACAUAGAAAGAACUUUGAAAGAGGAUUGGCUAUUACCUCAAUGGCAGAACGCUUCCCGCAACCGUUUCAUAGAAAACCUGUAGAUAGUAGCGACUCCGACUCCGUCGAAAACGAACCAAUUCCAACUCCUCAUCCACAUAACAGGUACUCAUUUACCUUUAAUGUAUCUUAUCGACGACACCACAACCAAACAUCAAACAGUCAGUCUAUGAACCCAGCCGACACCCAUAGCAUGGCUCAAAUUGCUCCCAAGUCCGCCAGUCCCUCUGGACACAGCUCUAUAAGAACGAGGCUUCCAUCAAAUGAACGUGGAAAAGGUGCACGUAACUCCCCUGUCAGCAGUCAAACUAAAAGCGAUAUGAACGCUGUGGAAAAACUCCCAGAGCGUGUCACGUUAAUCGUUGACAACACAAGUUUUGUAGUGGACCCCACAUUGUUUGUUGCACAACCAAAUACUAUGCUAGGAAGAAUGUUUAGCCAGAAUCAUAACUUCAACAGGCCUAAUGACAAAGGAGAGUAUGAGGUAGCAGACGGAAUGCCUGCGGAACUGUUCUCAGCCAUUCUUCAAUAUUACAAGAAAGGUGUCAUAAAUUGCCCUCCCACAAUACCCAUCUCUGAGCUCCGAGAGGCUUGUGAUUACUUCCUUAUUCCUUUCAAUGCUUCCACAAUCAAGUGUAAGAACCUCAGAAAUCUGCUGCAUGAGUUCUCCAAUGAUGGUGCCAGUCGGGAGUUUGAAACUUUUGUUGAGGAGUAUUUACUGCAGCAAAUGUUACAGAGUGCACAUCGUGGGGAAAGAGAAUGCCACAUUGUAAUUCUGUUGGAUGAUGACGUUCUUGAAUGGGAUGAGCAGUAUCCACCACAGAUGGGCGAGGAAUACACACAAAUUAUAUAUAGCACACAGAUGUACAGGUUUUUCAAGUACAUUGAAAAUCGGGAAGUUGCAAAGACUGUGUUGAAAGAGCGUGGUUUGAAGAAGAUCAGACUGGGGAUAGAAGGCUAUCCAACUUAUAAGGAGAAGGUCAAACAUAGGUCAGGAGGUCGUCCUGAAGUAAUCUAUAAUUAUGUACAACGACCAUUUAUCCACAUGUCGUGGGAAAAAGAAGAGGCUCGCAGCCGGCACGUAGACUUCCAGUGCGUCAAGAGCAAAUCAAUCUCAAACCUAUCGACCGCCUCGGCUGACCUUCCUAUUAACCCAGACCUAGCAAAUGCACCAGAGGGGGUGGCGAUGCUGUUACCUCCGCCAGCUGAUCCAGAGAAUCCAGAGGGGGAACAGGAGGCAAGUUGAUCAGCCCAGUGCAAAUACACUAUUCCAAGUGCUAAUGAUUUUGAAAUGCUGCGAGUUUACAGUAGCUAAUUCUGAAGAUGUUAAAUUGCCUUAGUUUACAACAUUAAUACAACAGUCUCACAACCCGCCAUCGCAGUAGAUUUUUGCGUAUAACUUUACAUAAGUCUAUACACACUUGAUGACAAUUAGAAUUUGUAAGUGGCUGUUAAUUCGUUACAUUGAGGUACAUGCUAGAUAACAAUUCAACUUCUGUGUUUUGCUACUGUUGUAGGAGUGAUUGAAAAGGAGGUAGAAAUGUUUACUCUCAACCUGUAGUGGCCGACAGGGUUUAAACUUUUUUACUGUGCAUUUUGCUUGCAUCUAAGGCAUUUAAUUUACAUUUGUCUCUUUUGCCAGAGUAUAAAUGGUUGGAUGUUUUAGUAUUGGAUGUAUAGUUCCGAUCAGUGGCCUAACAAUAAGUCACAGGGCCUGGUGCCCAUGCAUUUUAGCAGUCAAUUACAAUUGGUCCCUUCACAUUGGAAUA